AUGUACCAACACGUUUCUCGAGCCCUAUGCAGAGGGCCAAACUAUCUCCUUCAAUCUAGCAUCUACAGGACCGCGGUCAUCCCUUUAUCCAACCUUCCAACUUGCCGGUUCGCCUCCUGGUCACAAUCAUCACGAUCCCUCACCACCGCCGCCACUAAACCCGCUCACAGCUACACACCCAUGAGUCGCGCUCCCACGCCUCCUCCAACGAAAUCACCAGAAGAGCUGGCUGGUGCUGCCUACAUCGUUCGUCGCACACCUUCAAUACAGCUUCCAGUAUACAGACGAUUCAUGUCAGGAGGAAACCGCCAAGUGGUGUUAAUAAAAAAGGUGGACGGUGACCGGAAGAAACUGCUAGAAGACUUGGUAGACUCACUUGGAGUGAGCAAGCAAGAUAUCAGGCUAAAUCCGACGACACAGCAUAUCGAGCUGAAGAGCAAUGAAAAACUACAGAGCGUUUUGAAGAGUUAUGUGGUAUCAGUUUAUGUCUCACACGCCUAUACCUAUGUACAACUGUCCCUACAGGAUAUACCCCAAAGCAUUGCCUUUCCAAAUCAAGUUCGCAUCUCCAUGCAAAUCUAG